AUGGUUUACACCCAUUUCGGUCGCAUAACAAAGCAGUGGUGCGGAUCUACUCACCUUCGUAUUGGCAGCCGCGGUCAGCCGCGGCCAAACAAGGGCUUCAGUGUAAAGCAUUUUGAUACCGUGGGAUCCGCGCUCGAAUGCUGUAGGUGGUGGAAGUUCCUAAGGCGCGGUACAUUGGCGAGAAUACUGAAUCUGCAAUCGUCGUCGGCUGAGGCUUCGGUUCCAGGUAGUUGCCAAUGCGCUCUGUUAAUGCAGCUCGUAGUGACGUCUACUCACAUUCACAAUGUGGAGAAUGGCUCUGCUAAGCUAAACGACCAGCAGUUGUCGGUGCUUAGUUCGUAUUUGGGAGUUAGUUUUCAGCCCCGCAAGGCACCUCGUUAUCGGCGGAUAUGA